AAAAUUUAGCAUUUGAUUUUCAAAUAUUUGCUCAGCCGCACUCAACCCAACUCCACUGCGUAAAUCUUCCGUCAACAACAAGCUAUAAAUAUCACACAGCCGAGGAGGAGUUGUUACUCUCACAAUCUCUCACUCUCUUUACUUCAAUUCUCUUUCUCUCUCUCUCUUGAAAUUGAUCAACAUGUCAACUUUCGGAGCCGCAAAUACAAAUCCUAACAAAUCCUUUGAGGUUACUCAACCACCUACCGAUUCUAUUUCCAGCGUUUCUUUCAGUCCCAAGGCCAAUUUCCUCAUCGCUACCUCAUGGGACAACCAGGUUCGCUGUUGGGAGAUUUCAAAGAAUGGAACCGCUCUUAACAGCACUCCCAAGGCUUCAAUUUCUCACGAUCAACCCGUUUUGUGCUCUGCUUGGAAGGAUGAUGGGACAACAGUUUUUUCUGGAGGUUGUGAUAAGCAGGUCAAGAUGUGGCCACUUUUGUCUGGAGGCCAACCGGUGACCGUUGCCAUGCAUGAUGCUCCCAUCAAAGAGGUUGCUUGGAUACCCGAGAUGAGUCUUUUGGCCACCGGAAGCUGGGACAAAACCAUUAAGUAUUGGGAUACUAGGCAGUCGAAUCCGGUGCAUACUCAGCAACUCCCUGAUCGCUGUUACACAAUGUCGGUGAGGCAUCCUCUGAUGGUUGUGGGAACUGCAGAUAGGAAUCUGAUUGUUUUCAACUUGCAGAAUCCUCAGACGGAGUACAAAAGAAUAGUAUCACCCCUGAAAUAUCAGACAAGAUGUGUCGCUGCUUUUCCAGAUCAACAAGGCUUUCUGGUGGGCUCAAUAGAAGGAAGGGUUGGAGUACAUCACCUUGAUGAUGCACAAUCGAACAAGAAUUUUACUUUUAAAUGCCACAGAGAAAGUAGUGACAUAUAUUCAGUGAACUCCCUAAGUUUCCAUCCUGUACAUCACACUUUUGCAACUGCUGGAUCUGAUGGAGCCUUCAACUUCUGGGAUAAGGACAGUAAACAGAGACUCAAGGCUAUGCAAAGAUGUGGUCAGCCCAUACCUUGUGGUGCAUUCAAUAAUGAUGGCUCCAUAUAUGCUUACGCGGUUUGUUAUGAUUGGAGCAAAGGUGCAGAAAAUCACAAUCCAACUAAUGCAAAGAACUGCAUUUAUAUGCACUUGCCACAGGACUCUGAGGUUAAAGGCAAGCCACGAGCUGGAUCAACUGGUAGAAGAUGAAGUUUGGUGCUAAAGGCUGUGUUUUGCUGUGUCCAUAUUUGGAACUAGAAGCAAUAGAUUAGUGUUUAAGGUUUUGGCGCAAGUGCAACGACUAAGAUGAUUAAACUCAUAACCAGUAUUUGGUUUUCAUCCAAAAUUUCAUUUCUUAGAUUUGUCCAUUUUUCUAUUCUGCGGGUGUACUUUUAUCAUGCUUUAGGGUUAGACUGCUACUCUUUUAUGAUCACACAUUGAUUUUGGGAGGCAUAGAAUGCUAUGUUGAUGAAAAUG